GGUACUUCAUACACGUGAUAUAAUACUUAAGUAUAUAAAGUACUUACGCUAGGCCUUAGUACUCAUAAUUCAAUCAGUACGUGUUACUUGCGACAAUGUUUCACACCGGUGAUCUCAACAGUGGUAUCAACAAGGCUUUGGCUGAAUCUAAACUUGUUGCAUGUUUCGUAACAAGUAAAUGAUGUUCUAUUCCCCUCCCUUCCCUUCUCUUCCCUUCCCUUUCCUACUAUUCUCAUGUUUAUUUGAAUUCAAAUAAUGACAAGGUGCGCAAUAUAGAUGGUAAUGAGGAAAGUCGACUCUGGGAAGAUGACUUCUUACAAGAUUCCGAGGUAAUUUCGUGACCUUGAUCCAUCCCACCUUGAUACUACAGCAUGCUUAGUUACUGUCUAGUUAAGCUCUCAGCUGCAAGAAAGAUCAGUCCUGUUGCGCCUGGACUUUGGUUCUGAAGAAGCCAACUAUCUUGCUGCAAUCUUUCCUAUUCCCAAAGCUCCAACUCUUGUCGCUAUAUGGUAAGCACCAUCAAAUCAUUCUUUUUCAUUCAAUAUAUGCCAAUCUCUAUGAAAGAGAAGAGUGUGAUGAAAGUUGGCACAGUCACAUAGCCGAGCCGUAAACUCUUAAAUUUAUUGUCGCCUUUUUCAGAGUUUCGGGUGUGAUCGAAAACAUCGGUUGUCCCCUGCUCAUAUUGCGCUGGAAUAUUGGUUCCCAGGAACAGCUUUUUGUGCUCCAAUCAGGUAUAUCGUGACCUGUUGCUUAGGUCCACUCAGGUAGUUUCUCUUUCUGGCGAGACUGACUCUAAAAUUAAUAGGAGUGGUGAACUCAAAGAGUAUCUAGCUGCAGGCACAACCAAACAGGAGUUUUUGGUGCGUCUUGGCAAGGCCUUGGAGUCUGCACACAGCCGGGGAAACGUAGAGAACGAUCGCCCAAUGUCUGAAAAUAUAACAAGCCACUUGCAGACUUCAGAACACCGUACGACGGACAUUCAAAAUCAACAAUCUUCAGGUCAUCCAUCCACUGGCGAUUUCAACGAUGGCUCUACAGUUCCUUUCCAAUCCACAAGCAAUAAUACAUCGAGCUCUAGCUCGCUUCCCACAGAUCCUAGAGGUGAUCCACCUGAAGAUACCAAAAGCAAUGUGGAAGAUCAGACUAAAAAACCAUCUCAAGCUGCGGACACCGCAAAUUAUGCAGCCAUUCAAAGGAAGCGGCAUCAAGAGGCUAGAGAAGAGCGAGUGCGCAUUCUUGCACUCGUUGAGAGCGACAAAGUAAGAAGGCGGAAGGAUGCAGAGCGCAAGGCUAACCGUAACAAUCAAUUGACCGAGCAAUCUGCUGCAUUCAGCGGCACGAACUCAUCUGUUCCAGCUUCAGCACCAAAGGCACAGGACUGUGCCCUUCAGAUAAGACUUUUUGAUGGAUCCUCCAUUCGCUCCAAAUUUCCUAACACCAGUACUCUAAAUGGUGAUGUCAGAAAGGUAACAUGAAAAACUAAUCAAGACGCCGUGAUAUGUCAUUGGCGUAUCCGACACCUUGAAUCUUGAAGAAUCUGUAACUUAUGCAAAGAUAGUGGCAAUGCUGACAACUACUAGUGGAUUGAUGAUCACCAAAAAGACGACGUGCCCUAUAUUUUCAAACAUGUUUGCACCCCCUUACCAAAUAAAGCCCUUUCGAUGACGGAUGAAAGUCGAGACUUGGCAGCAUUAGGCCUUUUCCCGAGCGCUACGUGAGUAUUUUCCAUCAUGAUCUAUGCAGCCUUGCGCUGUGUUUUCUAUCACUGACAUGGAAGUAAUAGUCUCAUCAUUGUUCCCGUUCAGGCGUACACUUCAGCCUAUGAGGCAACAGAACCAAGGGGCAUCUUGUCUAGAGGAAUUGCUGCUGGAUACGGUCUGGGCACUUGGGGCAUUAAUAGGGUGCUGUCCACUAUCGGCGGAAUCGUUGGAGGUCCGGCAGUCGCCCCAGGUAUGGAUGAGGGGACUGAGGCCAGCGCGACAGCAGGAGGUAGUCGUCCCUCGAACCUGAGAACUCUCAGAGACCAGAAUGAUAAUGACGCUAAUGACGCUCAUCAUGAGUUGUACAAUGGGAACACCGUAAGUUGGAAGACAAUUGCAUUGCCCGUGCUGCAAAGACCAGGCUAAUACUGACAACAGCUGAAUUUUGAACCCCGGAAAGAUGAUCAUGAUGGAGAUGAUUGAUAUGUGUGAGAUACAUAUUCAGCUUCUCCAUAAAAUUGCUGUGUAGGUCUGCCACGUAACAUCCUGGGGCAUAUGCAAUUGAAAUUCAUCGAGACAACGACUUUACUAUUGUGUCAUAAAUUACAACACAGCAAAGAAAUAUACAGCUACUGAUCUUAUAUGUGCUCCCAAAUGGGUGCGUUGGUAAUGAAUUUU